AUGGCACGCCCUACAAAACUCAAUGAACUACAGUUCUCGUUAGGAACUGAGCUGAUCAAAGCAUCUCUCUGUAACUCAAAAAAAAUAAUGAGGGCGUGUAUUGGAAACAAGGUCCUCAAAAAAAGUUCAGAAUGGCUUGAAACAGUUAGAAUUGUAUUGACCAUCUCUGUGGAACUUAACCAUAUGAGAGCUGCAAAAGUACUAGCUAAGUACCUGGAUGGCAAGUUAUGGAGGGUAAACCUCUUAAUAGGCUGCAUAUUGCGCAAGAAAUGGCUUCAGGCUAAACACUUACUAAGCGACGAUCGAAUGAAGAAAAAGAUAAAGAAAGAUAUUCAAAAGUACGAGUUCUUUGAUAUGCUCAAGACUGCAACAAUGACAGAACCCAGUUACGAAUGGGACCAGAAACGUACCAUCGAAGAGUUAAUAUCACUUGGCAAUGAAUUCAACUACUCUGCCUAUACAUACUCUCGCUCGUAUGAACUGGAUGAUGCUGAAGAAGAAGAGGAAGUUGAAGACGCAUUGAUUUUUACCGUAAAAGCUGGCUCGCUCGAGAUGGUAGAAUGUCUGCUCAAUGCAGGCGUCAAACCUAGAGAUGAACAUUUUGACGCCGUAGAUGAACUAAAAACACGCGCAGAGACCAUUGAGACAUUGAUGGAAAGAGGUAUAUCAAACAAGCGAAAGAGAGACGACCUAGAGGACCGGGCGAUAAACAAAGUCAUACGAUAUCAGCGGUCUAAUUGUGAGAGUGAUUAUAACUAA